GGCGGUGUUCUCAGACACAGUUUUAUCUGAAUACUAGAACAGAAUGAAGACUGCUAUUACCAUUAUUUGCAUGUCCGCAUUAUUUGUACUAAUCGUAUCUCGUUCGCCAGAAGAUGAUAGGAAGCCUGAAGCUUUUCAUAUAAGGGUAACCCAUUUGCCCGAUAAUUGCGAGAAGAUAAACAUGACUCGAAAGAGAGACGUACUUCACGUGCACUACAAGGGCACUUUUGAAAAUGGCACUGAAUUCAACAGCUCGUAUACUCAAAACGGACCUCUAAAGUUCACACUCGGACUAGAAGAAGUCAUGAGAGGAUGGGAUAAGGGAUUAUUGAAUAUGUGUGUUGACGAAGUAAGGGAACUCAUCAUUGGCUCGGACCUAGCGUACGGCGCUGUAGGAAAUCCGCCGAAGAUUCCUCCAUAUACAACAUUGUAUUUUGAAAUUAAGCUAAUGGCAUUCAAGCAUAACCCUUCUACAGAUGAAUUAAACAAGGGUGUUGGGACACACCCAAUCUAUCCUCCUGGAAUCGAGGGUUAGGAAAGCCAAACAAAAGUAAAAUGUGCGUUUCGUAUUAUGUAGAGACUCAAAACAUGUAGAGACUCAAUACUCAAUUUUAUUGCUCUCCAUGCAUAGAAUAAAUGUUACAAUCAUUCUGAGAACAUUUACGGGCAUUAUGAAAUACUGUUAGCCACCUUGUUUAGUAUUUACUAUUGUAUGUACCUACUUACCCGUAGUUAUGUCACAUGGACAGCAUCAAACCUUCGAAAUCUGAAUCGAGAAUCGUGCGGAUCUAAAAUGGAGCUGGGUCGGACAUAUUGUGAGACGUGGUGUGAACUGAUGAAGUACAGCAACAAUCCAAUGGUGAUCGAGAAGUAGUUAUAGAAACGUGAGACUUCUGCAGCGAGGUAAACAACAUUGUCAAAGUCGCUGACCGUAGAUGAGCGAGCCUAGGGCAAGAUCAUGGCGGUGCGCGUGAGUUAUGGGAUGCCUAUAUCUUGCAAGGGAUGACGUCAGGUUGUGGAUAAGGAUGGCGUAUAUUUCAGUGUAAUAUGUGAUAUUUAGGAUGUAUUACUUAUUAUAACUUUUUAUUGAAGCCAAAUUUAAUGUAUAAGUAGAAUUCA